GGAAGGCUGACCCAGGCGGGCGGCUCCACGUGACUACUCACUAUGGCUUCCCUGUGUUGUAGCCGGCUGUCUGGUGGUCUUGUGUGAUUUGUUAGUUCUCAGCGCCAGGGUAAUCGUCUCUCGACCUCGACAUGCAAAAAAUCAAAUCUCUAAUGACCCGGCAGGGUCUGAAAAGCCCUCCGGAGAGCCUCAGUGAUCUUGGUGCCUUUGAGAGUCUUCGGGUCCCUGGAAAGGAGGAAUUCAGGGAGCUUCGAGAACAGCCGAGCGACCCUCAAGCUGAACAAGAGCUAAUUAAUAGUAUCGAGCAAGUCUAUUUUUCUGCGGACCCGUUUGAUAUUGUUAAAUAUGAGCUGGAGAAGCUUCCACCUGUUCUCAAUCUGCAAGAAUUGGAGGAAUACAGAGACAAAUUAAAGCAACAACAAGCUGCAGUCUCUAAAAAAGUAGCAGAUUUGAUUCUUGAAAAACAGCCUGCUUAUGUAAAGGAGCUUGAAAGAGUGACUUCGUUGCAGACAGGUCUUCAGCUGGCUGCUGUUAUCUGCACAAAUGGGAGGAGACACUUGAAUAUUGCGAAGGAAGGUUUUACUCAGGCCAGCUUGGGCCUUCUUGCAAAUCAAAGGAAGCGUCAGUUGCUGAUUGGACUUCUGAAGUCGUUGAGAACCAUAAAAACGUUGCAAAGAACGGAUGUACGCCUAAGUGAAAUGCUAGAGGAGGAGGACUACCCAGGAGCGAUUCAGCUGUGCCUGGAGUGUCAGAAGGCUGCCAGUACUUUCAAACACUAUAGCUGCAUAAGUGAGCUGAAUUCAAAGCUGCAGGAUACUUUGGAACAAAUUGAGGAACAAUUGGAUGUAGCUCUUUCCAAAAUCUGCAAGUAUUUUGACAUUAAUCAUUAUACCAAGGUUCAGCAAGCUUAUCGACUUCUUGGAAAAACACAGACUGCAAUGGAUCAACUUCAUAUGCACUUCACUCAAGCCAUUCACAACACUGUGUUUCAAGUUGUGCUUGGCUAUGUGGAGCUGUGUGCAGGAAACACAGAUACAAAGUUCCAGAAGCUGCAAUAUAAAGAUCUCUGUACGCAUGUAACACCAGACAGCUAUAUUCCAUGCCUGGCGGACCUGUGCAAAGCACUGUGGGAAGUGAUGCUCAGCUAUUACAGGACAAUGGAGUGGCACGAGAAGCAUGACAGUGAGGAGGAGACAACUUCAGCCUCUGAAGGAAGUCAUGUGUUGAGUGCUGAAGAGACCAACUUUGAUCGUGGCUAUGUAAAAAAGAAGCUGGAGCAUGGCCUCACGCGAAUAUGGCAGGAUGUUCAACUAAAAGUAAAAACCUACUUGCUUGGAACUGAUUUAUCUAUAUUCAAAUAUGAUGAUUUUAUCUUUGUUUUGGAUAUAGUCAGCAGGUUGAUGCAAGUUGGAGAAGAAUUUUGUGGUAGCAAGUCUGAAGUUUUGCAGGAGUCCAUUAGAAAACAAAGUAUCAAUUAUUUCAAGAACCACCACAGAAUACGACUUGAUGAACUGAGAAUGUUUCUAGAGAAUGAGACGUGGGAGCUUUGCCCUGUUAAGUCAAAUUUCAGCAUCUUGCAGCUUCAUGAAUUUAAAUUCCUGGAACAGUCUCGCUCCCCAUCAGUUUCACCUAGUAAGCAACCAUUGGCAACUUCUUCAAAACCUGUGACUUUGUUUGAGCAGUAUUGUAGUGGUGGGAAUCCAUUUGAAAUUCAAGCCAACCACAAAGAUGAAGAAACAGAAGAUGUCUUGGCUUCUAAUGGGUAUGAGUCUGAUGAGCAGGAGAAGAGCGCCUAUCAGGAGUAUGACAGCGACAGUGAUGUUCCUGAAGAGCUGAAGCGGGAUUAUGUGGAUGAGCAGACAGGCGAUGUGCCCGUGAAGAGUGUUUCACGAGAGACCCUUAAGAGCAGGAAGAAAUCAGAUUACAGUCUAAAUAAAGUGAACGCGCCCAUCUUAACAAACACAACAUUGAAUGUAAUAAGACUUGUUGGGAAGUACAUGCAGAUGAUGAACAUUCUUAAGCCAAUCGCCUUUGAUGUUAUCCAUUUUAUGUCCCAGCUGUUUGAUUAUUACUUGUAUGCAAUAUAUACCUUUUUUGGUCGGAAUGAUUCAUUGGAAUCCACAGGACUUGGCCUCAGUAGUAGCAGACUAAGAACAACACUCAACAGAAUACAAGAAAGCCUUAUUGACCUGGAGGUUUCAGCUGAUCCUACUGCCACGCUCACAGCAGCAGAAGAAAGAAAGGAGAAGGUACCCAGCCCACACCUCAAUCAACUAGUGAUUUUGACAUCUGGGGAUACAUUAUAUGGGUUGGCAGAGAGAGUGGUAGCCACAGAAUCCUUGGUGUUUCUGGCUGAACAGUUUGAGUUCCUUCAGCCACAUCUGGAUGCUGUGAUGCCUGCAGCCAAAAAGCCCUUUCUGCAGCAGUUUUACUCUCAGACAGUCUCAACUGCCAGUGAACUCCGCAAACCCAUUUACUGGAUUGUGGCUGGUAAAGCUAUUGAUUAUGAACAGAUGCUGCUCCUGAUGACUAACGUGAAAUGGGAUGUCAAAGAGAUCAUGUCCCAGCACAACAUAUAUGUAGAUGCAUUGCUGAAGGAAUUUGAGCAGUUUAACAAGCGGUUAAAUGAAGUUUCUAAGAGAGUUCGGAUACCCUUGCCUGUGUCAAAUAUACUUUGGGAACAUUGUAUACGAUUAGCUAACAGAACUAUUGUGGAAGGAUACGCCAAUGUCAAGAAGUGCAGUAAUGAGGGUCGUGCCUUGAUGCAAUUGGAUUUUCAACAGUUUUUAAUGAAGCUUGAAAAACUAACUGAUAUUAGACCCAUUCCUGAUAAAGAAUUUGUGGAAACAUAUAUCAAAGCCUACUACCUAACUGAGAAUGACAUGGAGCGCUGGAUCAGAGAACACAGGGAAUAUUCAACGAAGCAGCUGACCAACCUGGUGAAUGUUUGCCUGGGAUCUCAUAUCAAUAAGAAAGCAAGACAAAAGCUCCUAGCAGCCAUAGAUGAUGUGGACAGACCUAAAAGAUAAUGGCCACAGCUCUCUUUCCUCAGAGGCACUGAUCUUCUGCCAGUGGAUAAGACAUGAAAGUUCGUUUUCAUGCAUUCCUGACAAUUCUCUGCUAAGAAAACUUUGAGCAUGUCCUUUUGAACUGGAAAAUGAAAAUACUCAAGUGUGUGUGGUGUUCUCAAGUGACUUUUAUAUGCCCCAGUCUCUUCAAAUUUGCUCUUUUUUGUUGUAACCUUUUCCUGAAAUUAUCUUAUUGUCGUAAUUAUUAUUAUGUGGCCACAGUUAUACAUUUUACAGAAGAGUGUAUUAUAAAUACAUAGUCAGAAGGAAUAGCAACUAAUGUGUCUAUGAAUAGUUUUUAGAGAGUGUCUUAAUAAACAUGAGAGGAUGAAUGUACAGUAUUUCCUAAUUAUGAGCACUGCAUGAGAAUUUAAAAAGAACAUGUAAGUAAAAUAGUUGAAAAUCAGUAUGUUCUCUGUUUUUAACUGUCAGAGCUUCUGCCAGGGUUGAUUUGGUUAUAACAGUGAUCAUAAAUGAUGAAAUUUAAUAAAUGUUACACUCAAAUGA